AUGGAAACAGUCGAUCGAUCUGUUCAAAAUGUCGACCCGGAUUCAACGAUGGCCAUCACUACAGAAAACGAUGAGAAAAGGCUGCGCUUGGAAAAAGCAGAGACAGCACCUGAGCAGCAGGAUCCUGAACCCGAUUUCAAUCUUUGGCAGCAAGUUCCUGUUUUCAUUGCAAUGAGCUUGGGCAUUUUUAUUCUGGGACUUGACAACACUAUCGUUGGCACUGCGACGCCAACAAUAAGCGAUGAAUUCAACUCUAUUACUGACAUCGGCUGGUAUGGCUCGGCAUACCAAUUAACUACCUGUUCAACACUUCAUGUUCGGUAA